AUGAAAAAACAACCGGGACAGCAACCAUUGAGAUCGCUUAGCUUGACGUCUGCGGCCAAAUCACUUGAGGAGGUCGAGCCGGAGGACGAUUCGAAGAAAGGCGAGCCACAUGCCAAGGCUGCAGGAUUCGGAAGAGGUGGAGGUGGUGGAAAGAGACUCCCAGCGGCAAGAUCCACGCCAAUGGUCAUUCCGAACCAGGUGGCAGCGAUGCCGGUUCAGAUGACUGGCUUCGUCCAACUUGCCACCAACAACAUCCUCAGCGCAAUCGCCCAUACCAACUCCCUGAUGGUUGUCCAAUGCAUCGAACCACUCGAGAUCUUCACCGGAUUCGAAACCCCGAAUCGCUACGUGGUCCACGACAUGUACUGCCGUCCUCUGCUCUAUUGUAUGGAGAGAUCAAACGUCUUUGCCCGUCAGUACCACGGAAACAAUCGUAAAUUGUCCGCCUCUACCCUGGAUUCAUGCAGGAGAUGUUCACCGAUGCGGACACUUACAUUGUUCACUUUCCAAUGGACAUGCCGCCAAUCUUGAAGCUUCUGCUUGUCACUUCGGUUUUCCUGAUCGAUUUCACAUACUUCGAGGAUCGUAACCAGGAUCGUCAUCAUCAUCAUGGGAUGCAUGGCGGAAUGCAUAGCAGCUUUUGA